AAUCUCAAAAUUGUUUCUGUACAGUUUUGUAUUGACUGAAAUCAAGAUUACAACACAUAUCAGUUAAUCAAUAUGCGCUUAUUCAUCGACAAUUAUGAAGUCCGAAAAUGAUCCUAAAGCAAGCUCUUUUCUAUGUACUGAAAUUUCUGCUUUCUAAUAGUUGAUGCAUCCAAGUAAAUUGUUCGAUGACUCCAUAUAUCCUUCAGGUGUAUCAGUAAUAAUUAUAAAGAUAAGUCAGUGUAUCCGCAAGUAAAUAGAUUAGAAAUCAACUAUUAAAAAAAACUACUUAGAAUGAGAGGGUACUGAUGACUGAGUUUAUGCUCAGUUUGCAAUCAAGAUUUUAUUAACCAAUUUGUACCGGAAUUUAUAUCUCACGCACACACAAAUAUAUUGAAUAUACUACUAUUCAAAUGAAUUUUCCUGUUGAUCAUUUCUUUAUCUUAAUAAAUGCAUUUGUACAUUUAAUUGUAAACAUACAGUUGGUUUGGCUGAAUCCACAUGUAACUGAAGAAACAAUAAUAAAUAUACCGAAAGUAUAUUUCAUUCAUCCUGGUUCAUCUGUUUCCGGGAGUCAAUUAAUCAAGAAUCAAUUUCAAUCAUAUAAUGGUUCAUAUUUUCAGAAACCACAUAAUUACAAAGUCAAAAAGCACAAAAUGAAUAUUAAUACUACUAAUAAUCAUAAUAGUAGAUUUUCUAAUGUAACUCAAACAAAUUCAAAAUCGACGCACAAAAAGAUUUUUAAAGAUCAUAACAUAUCAAAGAACACAUUGUUCGUUGAAAGGUUACAUGAAAAAAUAAACUAUUUUAUACCAAAGUCACUAAAAUUUGAGCCAGAGAAAGAUUUGGCCAUAUUAUAUCCAGAAAGCAAUUGGCUUGACCCAUGCAAAGCCACUGCAUACUAUGGGGAUAUAGCGUUGGAUGAACACGAAUCUCAGAUGAUGUUGUCAAAAGGCAUGGCAUUAUCUGAUGAUCCAUUACAAAUAUGGGAUUUGGAAGAUAAUAAGGAAACGAACAAUCGGAGAAAUAAAUAUUCUAACAUCCCUAAUUCAAAACCAUUGGAUGAUAUUAAAAGCGAAAUGAGCACUCAUUUAGGUGGUAACUCACGUCAUUUGAAACAAAAGCAUAUUCAAAAUUACAAAGAUAGAAGUCUUCCAAACAAACUCAAAAAAUUAACAAGUAAACGAAGAGAACAAUCGAAAAAGUUUGGUCGAAACUGGCAGAGAAGAAAGAAUGAAUUACUUAGACGUCGAAGAUAUCGCCAACUUAAGGCCAAAACACAAGCAUUUAUUCAGUUAAAUAAAUUAUAUCAACAGAAAGCUGACAUAUUAAUGUUUACUCCUGAACAAAGAAAAAAGAAAGAGUUUUCUCAAGGUAAAAGAAGGUCUAAAAGGGCAGCUACAGCUUAUGUUUCAAGAACAUGGACAAACGGAGUUAUUCCAUACAUAAUACAAGCAAAUUUUUCAAGUGAAACUAAAGCUACGAUUAUGAAAGCUAUGCGACAUUGGGAAAAUUAUACCUGUCUUAGUUUUGUUGAAAGGCAACCACAUCACAGAUCCUACAUAAUCUUUACUGAAAAGGCAUGUGGGUGUUGUUCAUACGUGGGACGACGUAGCGAAGAUGAACCACAAGCCAUAUCAAUCGGAAAAAAUUGUGACAAGAAAGGGAUAGUAAUUCAUGAACUUGGUCAUGUGAUUGGAUUUUGGCAUGAACACACUAGACCUGAUCGAGAUGAACAUGUAGAUAUUCUACUCGAUAAUGUUGUUGAAGGACAAGAUUUUAAUUUUAAAAAAAUGGAUCCAGGUGAAGUGAACUCUCUUGGUGAACCAUAUGACUAUAGUUCUAUUAUGCAUUACGCUAAAGGAACAUUUGCUAAAGCGAAUAAAGAUGAAACAAUUAGACCAAAAGCUUGCUGUCCACGACCACCUAUUGGUCAACGUAUUCAGUUAAGUCCUGGUGAUAUUCGACAAACGAAUAAACUUUAUUUAUGUCCAGCAUGUGGUCGUACACUUCUAGAACCAGUAGGAAGUUUGUCUUCACCACAAAUGGCAUGGAAAUUAGAAGAUCGUUUCGGUGGUAAUGCCAACUCUUCAUUAUUUCCCGAUCCGAUAGGUUUAGAGCAGUCGAUUCAACUAGGAAAUGCUAUAUCAGUUGAUCAUCUUUUACCUGAUGAUAACGAGAAUAUGUAUCAUCCUUAUCGAUCAUUAACAAAUGGUAAUACAAUUGAUGGUGGUGAAGAUCAUAGUUUAAUCGGUAUGGUCAAUGAUAAUAAUUAUCAGUUAAAAACAAUUCCGUAUAAUCCAUUCAAAGGAUCAUUCAAUAAUGAAGAAGUUCCAUUGAUAGCAAUGAGUCGUUUAUCUAAGUUAUCAAAAACAAGUUCAUCAUCUACUUUAGGUUUCACAUCAGCUAGUCCUAUACUUUGUCAAUGGAGAAUAAAUGCUGCAUCAGGUGAACGGAUACGUUUAAAUUUUACACACAUGGAUAUAUCUGGACCGAUAACACAGGAUUCUAUACAUACACCAAAUAAUUUAAAUAAUUUACAUAAAGCAUAUGAAUUAAAUCAAAAAAGUAUCAAUCGUAUCUCAUGUAUUAAUGAUUAUGUAGAAAUAAGAGAUGGAUAUUAUUCUGGUUCACCAUUAAUUGGUCGUUACUGUGGUCAAAAUUUACCUCCACAGUUAAUUUCAACUGGAUCACGUCUUUGGUUAGAAUAUAGAAGAUCUGCUGGGAGUAUGACUACAGGUUUUAUCGCUGAUUAUGAAGCUAUAUGUGGUGGAGAAUUACAAAUGGAAGAAGGGACACUAACAAGUCCAAAUUACCCUGAAUUUUAUCGACCAAGUAAAGAGUGUGUUUGGCAAAUUAUUGUUCCCGUUGGUUAUUCUGUUGCAUUGAUAUUUCAUUCAUUUCAGCUAGAAAAACAUGAUACCUGUGUAUACGAUUACCUAGAGGUACGUGAUGGUUUAAAAGAUACAUCCCCACUGCUGAAAAAACUAUGUGGAUCACAUCUACCCACUCCAAUUAAAUCGACCAAUAAUGUGAUGUAUGUAAAAUUUGUAUCAGAUAGCUCAGUAGAAAAACAAGGAUUUACGGCCACAUUUCAGAAAGAAUUUGAUGAGUGCAAAACUAUGAAACAUGGUUGUUCACAUACUUGUGUCAAUACACUUGGAGGUUAUCGAUGUCAAUGUGAGAUUGGUUAUGAACUACAUGCAGAUGGGAAACGUUGUGAAGAUGCAUGUGGAGGGGUAAUCAAUGAGUCGAAUGGUACUAUUCAAACGCCUUUGUUUCCUGAUUUAUAUCCACCUAAGAAAAAUUGUAUCUGGAAAAUUUUGGCACCACCUAAAACGACAAUUUUUCUUAAUUUUACACAUUUUAAUUUAGAAGGUCAUAAUCGAGCAUGUCGAUAUGAUUUUAUCAAUGUUUACAAUGGUUCAACAGAUAAUCAACAGAAAAUUGGCACAUUUUGUGGUGAUCAAAUACCAGAGCCUAUUACAUCCCAUACAAAUGAACUCAGUAUUGAAUUUUAUUCAGAUACAUCUGUACAGCGUACUGGUUUUAGAGCUGUAUUCUUUACUGAUCGAGAUGAAUGUGCUGAUAAUAACGGAGGUUGUCAACAUUUAUGUCGAAAUACAAUAGGAUCAUACCAUUGCGCUUGUCGACCGGGUUUUAAUCUUUACGGCAGAUAUGAAUGCAAAGAGAACAUUAAAACUGGAUGUCAGCAAGAUAUAUCUUCACCCGAUGGGGAGAUUAUCACUCCAAAUUGGCCAAAUGAAUAUCCCGUGAAGCAAAAUUGUCAUUGGAAAAUCACUGUAACACCUGGUCAUCGAGUGAAAGUUAUAUUUGCCGAUUUUGAACUUGAGUCACAUCAACAAUGUACAUAUGAUCAAGUUAUAGCUUAUGAUGGACCAACAAAUAGUUCCGCUUUUCUUGGUCAAUACUGUGGUAGUAGAAAACCUGGCCCAAUUAUUUCUUCACAGAAUCAGUUGUUGCUUACAUUUAAUUCUGAUUCAUCUGUUCAACGUAAAGGAUUUCGAGCUCAACAUACUACAAUUUGUGGUGGUCAUCUAACUGCUGACAGUGUUCCGCAAACAAUUUAUUCACAUGCUAAGUUUGGUGAUCUCGAUUACGAAUCAAAUCAACAGUGUUACUGGACAAUUACACCAAAAUUAGAUAAUCAUACUGUUCUACUGAGAUUUCUUUAUUUUGAAGUAGAAGAAGAAACACUAUGCACGUACGACUAUCUUCGAAUUUUCGAUGGAGGUGAUCCUAAAGGAAAACUUCUAGGUGGUUUUUGUGGGAGAACUCCGACAUUUUCCAUAUAGCAUCUAGUAUAUUCAAUACCAACGUUUAAAUGGCCUGAAUAUCUAUUCAAUGAAUUGACGAUCCUGAAUAGAUUUGCAGAUAAAAUUACUGCGUAGUUAAAGCAAUAAAGUAUUUUGUAGAUACCAUAUUUCAAUAGAUCUACUUCAAGAAAUUUUGUCAAGUAUUUAAAUGUUUCUGCAUUUGCGGAAAACACUAACCAUACAAAACACCUGUUCAAUAUUCCAAUUUUGUUUGUUAUGCUGGUUAUUAUCUAUCAUAUGCAAAUAAAUGAAACUACUAGUCUUUUCUUCAUAUUAUUUUCUUCUUGUCAAAGUUACCGAAUACAUUUUUGUCAAAUUCUGGACAACUGUAUCUUCAGUUUGUUAGCGAUGAUACAAUUGGUGGUAAAGGUUUUCAAGCACAAUAUCAAAUGAUUCCAUAUGAUUUUAAAUUACCGAAGCAUGAAAUCGAUUCACAAGUGUUAAUCAAUCAAAUACCAUCUCAUUCAUCUUCCUCUUCUUCUUCAUCUUCCUCAUCAUCAUCUCCAUCAUCAGUUUAUUAUGGUAAAAACGAAAUGUUACAGCAAUAUCAACCAUUUCAUGGUAAUCGUUAUUUAUUUCCACCAGCAUGGGGCACCGGAAGGAUUCGUUAUUUUGGUGAUAUGCGUAGUUCUGAAAUGACUGAAAAUUAUCAAUCUACUCGACCUUUUAAUUAUAAUCCGUCAUAUCAACAUGUAAAACACUCAUCAACUAUACAACAGACAAAUCCUAUGAUCUACUCACAAAAUAAUAUUUAUCAACGUCGCGAUGGAAGACUUCCUGUUAAUCGAGAUAAUUCCCAAUUACCUUGGCGAUUUGCUUAUACCUAUCCACAAGCUAAAAGUUCAUCAACUAUAACUGCUACUAAUAAUCUUUUCAGAUCCAGUCCGUCAUACACAACAUAUAAUUCCCGUUCAUCUAAGCAAACUUCAAGUCAAAGUAAAUCACCAGCAGAAUUUCUACAUACAACUAUGCGACCAGUUUCUCCUUUACUAUCGCAAAAUGCAAUAAAUUCAAGAAAUCCACGUAUAAGUAGUACAUGGCAUGUACGACCUGGUCGUAUUGUACACCAACCUCAAUUAAAUAUCAUUAACAGAAUAAUUCAACCAAAUUCAAAAAAUUACCAAUCUUCACCACGUGAUAUUCUUCGACAAGUAAAAUCACAUUCGUAUCAACGGAAGCAAACAGAACAAAAUCCCAAAAGUCCUAUGCGUUUUCAUAUAGUCACUCAAAGGAAUCGAAGCCCACCAUUGUUUUCCGGUGGUAGCCAAUGGAAACAGAGAAGUAUGCCUUUGAAUAGUAGAUCACGUUGGGAUGAUAAUAGAGCUAUUAAAGCAUUUUAAUUAUUAAAUAUAAAUUAUAGUAUUGCUUCAUUUUCUUCUACAAAUGCCUCAAUUUUUUUUUCUGGUUUUGUUUUAACUUUAUCUAAAUUCAUAGACGGAACUGAUUGUAAUGAAAAUUAAAAUAAGUUUAUUUUUGCAUAAAAAGAAUUUUAUUUGUGAGACAAUUAAAUCUUUAAGGUUUUGUUUAAAUGAAACGAAAUAAGCUAACUGUUCAAUAGAUAAACGACGUUUAAUAUUUCAAGAAUAGCUGGAAUUACAAUCUUAUAAUAACUAAAUUAGUUAUUAAUUUUAAAUGAAAACAAUAAUCUAUUCCCUACUGCAUUUUGUAUAAUAAUUAAAAAGUCUAUCACUACUGUUAAAUUAGGUAAUGUUUAUUCGAUUAUGUUAACAUACAAUUAGAAACAUGACAAAUAUAUUUGGUGUGGAUAUGGAUUGCAUUUUAUUAUUAUUCUAUUACUCAUUUAUUGUAAUUUAUUCACUCCAUAUUUCCAUGUUUCCAUUUGUUUCUCGAUUGUUCUUUUUUUUGCAUAAAAAAUAAGUAAAGUAAAUAAAGAUGAACACACAAUUUAAAACAAACGAAUAACCUUUGUAUGUAAUUUUAAGAUUCGUAUACGAAAUCAUUUGAAAUUUAAACUUCUUGAAUAAAUAUUGUGAUGUAAUU